AUGUUGCUUGCCCCGUCCGUUCUGUUCCCGCUGGUCGCGGUUUGUGCUGCAGCGAAGGAUUAUGUAGGGAUGCGGUUCGAGAAAAAAUUCGGCGACAAUUACGCCGGCGCUACCAAGUGGCAGCGGCCGCAGAUGAGGCUCGCUAAGAGGAACACUGGGUACGAGGAGAUCACGCUCACGAACCAGCAGAGCUUCUUCUCUGUCGAGCUGGACGUCGGGACGCCCGCACAGAACGUCACUGUGCUCGUGGAUACUGGGUCCAGCGAUCUUUGGAUCACGGGUGCGGAUAACCCGUACUGUUUGACGUAUUCUGGGUCCGGUGCGGACAGUAUCCCGAGGAGGGACAGAGUAGACUGCUCCGAGUACGGGACCUUCAGUUUGGAGGACUCGUCCACGUGGUCGCAGAACUCCUCGGCGCCGCCCUUCUACAUCACGUACGGGGAUACCACUUUCGCGAGCGGUGUUUGGGGCCAGGACCACUUGCAUCUGCAGGACGUCAACGUCACGGGCGUCUCGUUCGCAGUGGCGAACCGCACUAAUUCCACCGUCGGGGUCAUGGGUAUUGGGCUCCCCGGUCUGGAGACUACAAACAGCGGGUCUCGCCCCUACACUUACGCGAACUUCCCACAGGUGCUCAAGAACUCAGGGGCCACGCAGAGCGCACUGUACUCCCUGUACUUGAACGACCUAGAAGAGGAGCGUGGGAGUAUCUUGUUCGGAGCAGUCGACCACUCGAAAUACACGGGGAGUAUGUACACUCUACCGAUCAUCAACAGACUGCAGUCGUACGGGUACACGACACCGAUCCAGUUUGACAUCACUCUGCAGGGGAUCGGCCUCUCCAGCUCGGAAUCCAACGGCGACGAGGUCACCAUCACAUCAACGAAAAUGCCAGCAUUGCUCGACUCGGGGACCACUAUGACGUACUUGCCAUCAAACAUCGUCUCGCAGAUCGCUCAACAAUUGGGGGCCUCCAUGUCCGCCAGGUUCGGACAGUACGUGCUGCCCUGUAGCAACGUCCCGGAAAACAUGCAUCUCGUCUACGACUUCGGCGGGUUCCACAUCAACUCAAACCUGACAAACUACAUCGUCCAAGCAAGCCAAACACUGUGCAUCCUGGGGCUCUUCCCAAGGGACUCGAACACGGCCAUCUUGGGGGACACAUUUUUAACGGACGCGUACGUCGUCUACGACCUUGAAAACUUACAGAUCGGACUCGCACAGGCCAAAUUCGGCGUCUCGGACAGCGACGCAAAGAUUGAUAUCGUCACUGGGUCUGCGGGCAUCCCAAGCGCACAGAGAGCUCCAGAUUACUCCAGUACAUGGUCCACCUCCGUUGGGACAGUCACCACGGGCGGCAACAUUUUCACAUUGAACCCACACGAGACGGCCGUCCUUAUCAGCAGUGUCAGUGGAUCCGGGGUCGUCACGCAGACAGUCACGCGCCGCACAUCCACCGCUACGAGCACGAGUACCCAGACCACGGGCACCACGGGCACCACUACGGUCAGACGGAAUGAUGCCAUUGCGCUGAGCGGGAACCACGGCUGGAUCAUGGCUGCCGCUGCGUUCUGCUGUUCGUUCCUUUACUAA